AUGGACACCCGGAACACUAGAGGAGUUACUUACCAGUUAGUAUGCACAAUUGGCGUAGCAGACGAGGUGAAGCCUGAAGCCCACCUCGCGGUCUACUGCCUCAAGAAGAUGGGGCUCCAAGUCUGUCUACUGACGGGAGACAACAGGAAGACUGCCGUGGCCAUAGCCAGACAGGUGGGCAUAAACAAAGUGUACGCAGAAGUACUGCCCUCACACAAAGUGGCCAAAAUACAGAAGUUACAAGAAGAAGGGCAGAAGGUGGCCAUGGUGGGCGACGGGGUCAAUGACUCCCCAGCGCUGGCCCAGGCCGACGUGGGCAUCGCUAUAGCCAGUGGGACUGACGUCGCUGUUGAAGCUGCCGAUUUGGUUCUUAUGAGGAACGACCUGCUAGACGUAGUGGCAUGUCUAGAACUAUCUAGAACUACAGUGCGAAGGGUUCGUCUCAACUUCUUAUUCGCAAGUGUAUACAACUUGCUGGGCAUACCGUUGGCCAGCGGGGCAUUCGCCAUGUUCGGGUUGCAGUUACAGCCGUGGAUGGCGUCAGCAGCGAUGGCAAUGAGCUCGGUGUCAGUCGUCUGCUCGAGUUUAUUAUUAAAAACUUUCAAGAAACCAACACUAGAACAGCUGCGAACUACGGAAUAUCUUCAAUCCAUUCACCUGGAGGAGUUGGACGCAGUGUCAGUACAUAGGGGACUGGACGAACGGAUAGACCCCAGCGAGAGGGGGGCGUCGCCAUUGGCUAAGUAA